AUUAAAAAAAAGACUGUGGGAAAGUUAUGUACAACAAAAUUCAAUGUAUUAAACAGUUUGCAGUCUGUUAUGGAAUUCGCCAUAUUUAAAUGGAUAAUUUAAUAUUCAAUAAUUAAUUAUUUUAAAUGGAAUGAUUAAAUGUUUCAUUAUUUUUUUAUUUAUUACAUCAGAAUAUUGAAAAAAAAAUAAGAGAGAGGAAAAAAAUUUCAGAGAAAACUUGUUACUACUUAGCAACAUUAUAUAAUGUAAAGGAAAUUUAUGUACAAUAUGUUAUAUACUUAUAUUUUAAAUUCUAUUUAUAUUAUCCUAUAGAAUAUCAUCUUUAUCUUCAUAUGUAAAGUGACAAAUUAUUCAACUGGAAAUAUAAAAUGAGAAUAUUAUCAAGAGAAGAAAUGAAAAAUCUAAAUUUAGUUAUUAUGAUAAUAUGAUCGAUAAUAAACCUUCGAAACAUAUCAAUACUACUAUUACUACUACUACUACUACUAUUGGUACUGGUACUACUACUCCUGUUACUACUACUACUAUUGACAAUAAAAAGAAUACCACAAAUUAUAUUCAUUUAACAAAACCUGAAAUGUUAUCAUCAAUGAAUAAUAAAUUUAUUGAAUUACCAUUAAUUGCAUCAUAUAGUAAUGCAUUUUUAGAAACAAUUGCUGAAGAGACAAGUGAAUUAGAAACAUCAGAUAAUGGAACAUUUAAUAAUGAAUUAUAUGAUAUAGAUCAAAUAAGUUAUUGUACUGAUACAGAAUUAAAAAUAUGUGAAAAUGAUUUUACAUCCAAUUAUCCUACUAUAAUGAUAAAUGAUAAUAAUAACAAUAAUACAUUAGAUAAGUUUAAACAACAUGACCUAUUAUUGGAACAUCAUAAUAAUAAUACUAAUAAUAAUAGUAAUAAUAAUGGUGUAAAGAUCAAUAAUGGUAAUAAACAGUUAUGUGAUUUUUGGACAAUAAAUUUACCUGUUACAUUAGAUAAUCAAAAAACUUUUUUAAAUGACAAUAAAUUACAGAAAAACUUAUCAAAUGAAAUGAAUUCAUCAAUAAGAAAUGAAUUUUUUAAAAUUGUUACUACUACUACUACUAAUACUACUGCUACUACUACUAAUACUACUGAUAGUAAUAAUAAUGGUAUGAGUAAUAAUAAUAAUGGUAAUAAUGAUGGUACAUUUCAAAGACUUGAUAGAAUACAUGAAGAGUUUAAAGAAAAUAAAAAAGGAUUUAUGAUGAAUAAAGUAAAUAGAAUACAUAAAGAUUUUAGUUUACCACUAUGGAAUGAUGAAAUAACUGAUGAAGAAUUAUUAAUAUUAUCAACUGAUUAUGGUAAAAAUCAAUUAUGUUGGACAUUAACAUCAAAUCAACCAACAAUGACAUCUUCUUUAGGUUAUCAUAAAUUAAAUAAAAAUGUUAAACAUUUAAAUGAUACAGAAAAUAUUCCCGAAUAUUCUGUUAUGUAUGAAAGUGGUAAUUUUAAAUGUACUUCAAACGGUAAUACAAAGGAUAUAUCAAGUCAAUUAAUAAAAGAUAGUUUUAUACCUGAAAACACUGUUGAUUUGUUUAGACAACCAUCAAAUUCAUCACAAAAUUUAUCAUCAUUUCAUCCAUUUGUUUCUGUAUCCAAUACAAAUAACAUAUGUAAAACAUUAAUACAGAAUUCCACAAAACCACAGUUCCCUAAUCUGUGUGUUCAGCCAAUGAAAAGUGUUGAAUCUAGUUUCACAUCUUCUAAUUUUUCUACACAGAAUUUUACUAAUCACUAUCCAAUUUUUAAUGAAAAUCCACACAAAACAUCAAAUGACUCAUUUAUAGAGAAUCCAAUCUUCUUUCAAUUCAUGCCCAAUAUGGUAACAACAAGUAAUGAUGUGAUGAAAGGUCAUCAUAAAGACUUCUAUAAAAACAUGGUGAAGCAGAAACCAUUAUGUACUGGAUGUACUUCAUCUUUCAGUAAUCAAUCAGUUAGACCUUUAAUCCCGAACUAUACAUCGACAAACAUCCUCCAAGAUUGUGAUAAUAAGCAUGAAGAUAAUAGACUGUUAAUUGCGUCACAUAUCAGUCAUGAUGGAAGCUAUUUACCCAGUAGUUUAUCGAAAAAUUCCACAGAUCAUAGAUCCUCCAUUAAAGGUUUGUAUGAUAAUUCAAACACGCUUAAUCAAACACAACAGUCUAGAUUAUUAGACAGACACACUACUUCACAGAUAAAUAAUUAUCCUUUAAGUCAAACAAACAAUCAUACGAGUCUGUCUACAUUUAAAACGGUGUCACGUGACUUUUCCUAUACAUUAUCAGCGACUAACAAUGACUUUAAUUAUUCAAUUUAUGUUACCCCUGAAAAUCCAUCUGAGAAAUAUUAUAAGGAAGAGAAAGAUGAUAUACAUUCAAAAGUAGGUCCUCUUCAGACAAACUUUAGUACAUCAUCAUCCUCAUCAUUGUGUCAUCAGUAUAAAAAGUGUAAAGACAAAACAGACAGUUUACCACCUGUCAUAUUAUAUGAAGAAGAACUUAAUUCAAAUGAAAUGACAUUCAAUAAUCAACCGAUAACAUAUCAUCAUGUUAAAAGUCCUGAUUUUAAGCCUAUAGAUUAUUCAAAAUUGUUUUCAUAUUCUUAUCAACAAAGUCCUUUGAUCUUGAAUAAAAAUGAAUUAAAUGAGUCUAAAAUAUCCUCGACAAAUUUUAACUGUCCUGCAAACAUCAAACUUAGUAACGAAAAUCCUAAAAAACAGGAUGAUCAAACCUUUGAGAAUUUAGAAAUGAGUACCGUAAAAAUUUCCAAUCCUAAUGAGAAAUUUUCUAGCAAACCGUCUAAUCUUGUACAACAGUCAAACUAUUCGGAAAGUUUAAAAACAAAAUUAAAUAAUAAUAUUAAUAGUUUAUUUCGUCCAUUACAAAGAUCUCCAGCUGUUGUUGGAGUGAGUGAUCUACUGAUAAAAUCAGAUGCUGAAUUAAGUAGUAUAUUAGAAAAAGUGAAAAAUGGACAACAAAGUAAUUGUUCUAUAUCAGAUUCGCAAGGAGUAUUGAAUCAGACUAUUAGUAAUGAUGAUUCUAGUCCAGAUAAAAACAUAAAAAGUGGAGGAGCAAAUAGUAAUUCCUAUCAUGAUGAUUUAUCUCCGGCGCGUAGAAGAUUUUUUCCACAAUAUUUGAGUCGUGAUAUGAAACUGAAUAAUUCAACAGGGAUUUAUUGUCAAAAUAGUGAUGAUAUGGAAGAGAAAAGAAGUUUCUAUGACUACGGUUGUGAUGAUGAAGAGGAUGACGACAAAUUAGAUGAUGACGAAGAGAACGAUGACAAUAAUUAUCCAUGCCAAAGUGAUAUCCUUAUACAGAAUAAACAAAUUUACAAUGAUCAAAUUUUGCCUUAUUCAAAAUAUGUCGAUAAAAACAAUUCCACUGUAAUACAAAGAAUACGUGAUCUAGAAUUACAGAAUCAAACUUAUCGCUGGGAGGAUGAUUGCUCACAUUCCACAGAUAAAUAUAAUUCUUUAAGUAAAAACAUUACCAAUAAUCAAACUAACUAUAGUACUAACAACACUAUUAAUGAGAGACAGGUAGAAAGGAAUGAAAUUAAAACUGAUAGCAUAAAUAAAGGUAAAGAAUUGCUUAGUAGUUAUGAAUGCGAAGAUAAUGAUGUGCCAUAUAUUGACAGUGAUUCUCUUGUACUUGAAUAUACUCAUCUAAAAGAUUUCUUUCCUAGAAUAGCUGACUUAGAAGAAAUCACAUUGAGUUCAAGAAGAAAUUCAGUGGGAAGUAGUUCAUGGUUAGGUUUUUGUCAAAUGGAUAAUCAUAAAUUUGAUCAAAAUCAAUCAACUAAUGAAUUAAUUCCAAGUAAAAUAACAAUAGAACAUGAAAAACAUGAAUAUGCACCAAUAAGACGUAGACGUGAUUAUCAUAGUUAUGAUAGUUCUACACAAUGUAGAAAUAAAAGACGACAAAAAAUGUGGUUUCAAAAAUUAUGCGGUUGUGUUCAAGCAUCAAGAUCUCAUUGAAACUUACAUAUUUGUUUAUUCUAAAAUGUGUCAUUUUUUUGUUUUUUCUACAGUCAUCCUUCUCUUUUUGGUUUCUCUCGCCAAAAUAUCAAGAAACUUAUCAUUUUUUUUACUUCUUAUGAUUUUCUUUUCUCUUUUUUUAUUGAUUAUUGAUGUAAAUGUUUUUUUGUAUUUUCUUUUUCCUAUACUUUGUUCUGUACAUAGUAUUAAUUUAUUAUUAUUAUGGCUGUAUACUACUAUUUGUAUUGUAUAUUGCCAAUGUAUGUUUUGCAUCAGUUUGAUUAAUAUAUAUUUAUUAUUUCAUUUGCUCAUUUAUAUACAAAAUCACUCAUAUGCUUACUUGAUGAAGUCGUAAUUCAUACACGCACAUACACAAACAUACACAGAUAUACAGAUAAACAUUGCCAUUUUUGUUUUGUUUUCAUGAUCUGACUUUCUUUUUUUUUAUGGGAUCAAUUGCUUUUCGAACACUGGCUAAUAUUUAGUCAAUGAACUCAGGUAAGUACAAAAUUCUACACAAACAAAACCCAUGAUAAAUUACAAAUACACAUACAUGCACAACAUAUACAGACAUUCAUAAAAUACACUGUUCGAUUGUACUUGCCUAUUUCGAUAUUUUCUCCCGUUUUUCUUUUUAUUUCAAUUUGAAUGAAAGUCAGAUGAAUUCGAAAAAAAAUUUUUGUGCAAUUUUGAUUUUGUUUAUUACUUUUCCAGGAGAAAAACAAACAUACAAACAAACAAACAUGUAAUUCCCAAUCUUUUUUUUCUAUUUCUCUUUUGAUUUUGGUAUUUAUUAAUCUAAUUUUUAUUUCGUUAGUUUCAUUAAUACUGUAAAAAAGAAAAAAGGUAAAUGUGAUGUAAUUAAUAUUAAGAACAGAUGAAUUAAACUUCCAUUUGUUCAUUCA